CCCGAUCAUUUUCCGGCCCACGUCGGUGUGUUUGCCGGCAAUCUUUUUUGCCGCGGUUAUCAUUCAAAGGUCUGUGCGUGUGCGCGUAUGUUGUAUGUGUGCUGUUAUCCAGGCUUCCAGCUGUCCGAUGCUGCGUUCAGUGCGAAAGAAUGACACCUCACCGACUGUGGACACAAAUACGCAACGUGAGAAACCAACGUGAUACAACAAAUCCGCAGUGACGUGCGUUGAAACCUUAGUCUGCGCAAUUGAAUAUGAAUAAACACGCGCAUAAAGUGACAGCUAGAACUUCGCUAUGCUCUCAACUUUCCUCUGGAGUGGUAGUGUUUAUGUGGAUUUUGGUUAUUGUACCGUGUGUGCCGGUGUGGUGUACCGGGGACCCUGACAGUGUAGCCAGCCUCGCAGAGUUGGCGUUACUUCGGUAUCAACCGCACUUAAAGGAUACCAACAAUGUAUCGGACGCGUUGCUAUUGCUGCUUAAGGCCUUAAGGAGUAUCCAAACUUCCAGUGAUUUCAACGAAGCAAACUGUACAUCACGCGCCAUUGAAGCUGGCCUGAAUAGCUCGCUCCUCUGUAAAGAAGGCUCACAAUGCCUAGCCGUAGAAGAACUUUUGGCCUUACUGUCCCGACGGGAUGCGAGUUUUCCCGAGACACUGGCUGAACUGUGUCCCGUGCUGUUAUUCCAAAGCCACCAGCAGGGAUGCAAUCCUUCGGCCACUCCGCAGAACACCGCACGUGGGAAAGUACGACCUACCGCACCUCAAGUGUGGGGAUUCGGCAUGUUGUCGGUGCUGGUGAUCAGCUGCUGCUCCCUGGCAGGACUUGUAAUUGUACCCUUCCUGAGCAGCACUCUGUACCACACCUUGUUGAUGGUAUUCCAGGGUCUGGCUGUAGGCUCUCUUCUUGGCAGUGCACUCUUCCACCUCAUUCCUCAGGCCUUCAACUUGGUGGGAGAGGACAGUGAACAUGACUACCUUUGGAAGUCAUUGAUAAUUUUUUCUGGAAUCUAUCUCUUCUAUAUCAGUGACAAGGUGAUGAAGUUCAUCACAGACUACAAACAGAUGAAAAAGCCGACAGAAAAUAACGAUACCUCAUUUGGUCAUCCUCUUACCAAUGGAUGUAUAGGGCAGACAGGGCAGCCAAUCAAGAAGAAUUCAGAGCAGAUCGACAGGCAUCAUGCUGGACAUGAUCAUGGAGACCUGCAUGGAGGCAGCAUAGCCACAGUGGCCUGGAUGAUUAUUUUUGGCGACGGCAUGCAUAACUUUAUCGACGGUCUUUCUAUCGGAGCAGCAUUCUCGGAGAGUCUCUUAGCUGGAGCGUCCAUCUCGCUAGCUGUUUUCUGUGAGGAGUUCCCUCAUGAACUUGGGGACUUUGCAGUGCUUCUGGGCGCUGGCAUGUCAAUGCGGCAAGCAGUAGGGUACAAUUUCCUCUCUGCACUCACUUGUUUUCUGGGCUUGGGAGUUGGUAUCCUAGUCGGCGACUUGACUCAAGGGGCACCGCACAUCUUUGCGCUGGCUGCUGGCAUGUUUCUCUACAUCUCACUCGUUGCUAUGCUGGGUGAACUAAAUGAAGCCCUGGAAGCAGUCCAGCCACGUGGCUUUAGAAGUUGUCUCUGGAUUCUCUUCCUGCAGAACGUGGGCAUAUGUGUGGGUCUUGCCCUACUCUUCGUCAUGGCAAAGUACAGCGAACAUAUCAACUUCGCCAACGUUUCCUUUUCGUCUCCACAAGCGAGGGCCGCUUCACCUGCACUCGCAAGCGACGCCAGAUCUCUGUUCCAGGGGUUCGGGAUGUAACGCGUGCUUCAUAGACCUUUGACGGUGAACGAUCAAUAUUGUGCCACAAGAAGUUAGUGACACUGUAACCCGUGUUCCAGGGAACCGAACUUUCCCCACAAGACACUAACAUAGUUACUCCUCUACAACCAGGGACAGGGGCUACGUAAUUCUGCAAGUUCCCUUCGGUGCAGAAUUGGAUAAGCUGACAUAUAUCGUGCUGCACGCCACAAGUGAUCCACAUUCUUCGGGUGCAGUGAGCCUCUUGACGUUGAGAAGUGCGCAUGAACUCUGCGCAUGAAGAAGUGCCCAUAUACUCAUGAGUUCAUACAGUGUUUGCCGACUCGGGUGACGCACCAAAAAAAAACAAAAAAACACUGAAACUUCUGCUUAGAAGUACAAAGUAUGCGCACUGUAGAACUGUGGGUAUGUAAUUUUCGUACCAUACAGGUGUACUGCAGGACACAGCUAGGAGGUAAAAAAUUUGUGUACUGUAGCGCAACACAGAUACCCAAUAGCGAAGGUGAUUUGUGGGACCACGAAUGGAAUGCUCUCCUCCGGGGACGUUUUCCAUUGAGCAAUAACAAUGAAGACAUAUGUCUUAUCGUAUCAAGCCCCUAUAGUGUGCUGUAGCAUUGGUUGGGGCGCAGGACACCCCAGUCUAAGCAGCUGUAUAGAUUGAAAAUGCUUAGCCGAGAUAGGAAAUUCAGACCAUGAGAAGGUGUCGUACUUCUGUUUAAGCCAAUUCGGAAGCGCCACCUGGUUACUGACUUUGAGAAAGCAGGUGUCCUACCUGAGGCUCUUCUUUUGCAUGUACUCCUUGUUAGAACUGGUCUGUAGAGAUUAAGAUUUAUGAAAAAAUUGUGGAAAUUGUAACAGCUGUCAAAAUAUUAUAUAGUUCUAUAUUUUCGCUACGAUUAACAUCUUUUUGUGCAGAUGACGUGAUUUUUUAAUCUUUGUGCAUGCCUUUCUCUUUUUUACACACACGCCUGAACUAGUUGAUGUUGAUGUUGACAAAAAGAAUAAUAGGGAGAGCCUGAA